UGAAAUCCCAACACAUUAGUUUUAAUGUGGAGUCUGUCUUUCUGCAGAUUAAGGUGGACUGUGUGUCUAAGCUGGUAUUGAUCUGAAUUUGGCAACAUGGAGACGUCUGAGGACAAGGAAGAGGAAGCUCCUCUCUCUGAAACCACUUUAUGUAAGAAACCAGAGGACAAGAGAAAUCAGACUGAAAGAGAAUCUGAUAUGGAGUCUGGCCAGUCUGACCUGAACCAGCUUUCUGCUACAAAGAGGAAACAGGAACAAGAACCUGGACCAAGCUGUCUGUCCUUCAAGAGCACCAAGUCAAAAGAUGCAGGAAUUAGUUUUAACAUUGACGAACCUUCAGAUGCAGUGAGAUCCGAUCAGAGCCCAGACGUUGUUCAGCCUCCACAUGAGUCUCAAAUGCGACUGGGCUCCAUAUUUGUGGAACUGGAGAAAAAGAUUGUUAUGUUUGUGAAGGACGAGCUGAAGGAGAUCCAGAAGGUCUUGAGUUCAGAUUAUCCAGAUGAGGAGGAGGAGGAGGGUGUGUCUGGAAAUAAGGAUGAGAAGCAGAGGAGCAGCAGCAGCAGAGAGGCGUUUUUAAAGAUCACCGUUGACUUCUUGAGAAUGAUGAAUCUGGAUGACCUGGCUGACCUUCUGCAGAGCAGUAAGAGAUAUUCUUCUACAGAAAUGGUGGAACAAGAGAUCCUUAAAGAUUUAUUGUAGUUGACACCAGGUAUAGAUACCUUCAAAGAAACAUGAAGUCUACAAGAAUUUAAUAGAUUUAACCUUUAUUCUGAUGAAACCUAAAAUUAAAUCCUGCCAUUUUUUUGUCAUUUUCCUCAAAACAAUUUAUUUUUU